AUGAAAGGAAUUUUCUAUGAGAGAUGCUCGAGGUGGCAUCAAGGAUCGGCAUACACUCAACACGGGCCAGGCACACUUGCUGACUCGGCUCUGUUCAUGACUCUUGAUCAAUUGCAGAGCCAGAAACAGAAAUGGACGCAAUGGCUCGAUAUAGAUGAAUGCCUGACUCGGGACUGCAUCUUUGUCCACGGGUUUCCCCAGACGGCAUGGACUGCCGCGUUUACGAUUCUGUCUUCCUAUUGUACUUGCCGUCUGGUAACGGUACGGUACCCCAUUUCCUUAGUACGGCUUUGUUUUUCCUUCCAUGUCUCCUAG